AUGUUUAUUUGCUUAUAUUUUAAAUUCGAAGUGGAAGAAACCGAUGGUGGUGAAGUAGAUGAUGGUAAUCCAACUGGUGAGGGAGAUUUUGAUGGUUUAUUAGGUGGACUUGGUGAAGCAGAAGGUGAAGCAGAAGCUGAAGCUGAAGCAGAAGCUGAGGCAGAAGCUGAGGCAGAAGCUGAAGGAGGAGAAGGAGAAGGAGAUGACGAAGCACCAGUAGAAACUGAACUUUUGGAAGUUAAGGAAGGAGAUCCUGCCUCUCCAGGAAAUGCACCACAAGGAACCCCUGAAUUAGGAGCUGCAGCACCUGCUGAAGUUAGUGCGGCCGCAAAAUCUGCUGCAGGAGGACCAUCUGCAAUACCCCCUUCCCCACCAGCACCAAAAAUAAAGGACUGGAAUAAAUGGAUGAAGCAAGCUAAGAAAGAAUUUUCAGGAUACAAGGGUAGCAUGCACACGCAAAGACAUGAAUGGAAAAAAGAGAAAGAAGAUGAACUUCAAAAAUUCUGUAAAUACUUGGAAAAGAGAUGGAUGACUUAUACAGGAAAUAUUGAUAGAGACUGUAAAUCCGAUUUCUUGAAAUCAACUAAAAAUUGGGGUGAUCGCCAAUGGCAAUCUUGGGUUAACAAAGAUGGAAAACACCACAUGUAUAAACAAUUCCAAAAAUGGUUAGAUUACAAUAAAGACAAAUUACAAGACUGGAACACUAGUGAAUGGAACAAAUGGAAAGCAAAUGUUAAAGGACAACUUGAUGUUGAAGAAUGGAAAAAAAAAGAAGCAUCUGGAAAAACCAAAGAAUGGAUAAAAUGUACCGACAAGAUGGAAAAAAAAUGUUUAAAAAAAACAGAAAAAGACUGCAAAAAAUGGGAAAAAAAUGCAGCUAAUUCAUUUAAAAAAUGGGAAAAAGAUUUCACCAAAAAAUGGACAGAAAACAAGCAAUGGAAUGCAUGGUGUAAAGAAUUAGAAAACUAA